AUACAAUCGAAAUAUCGAUUUAUUGUUUUUAUUGUGUUUACAUUAUUCUGUUGCUUUGCAACGUAAACGCAAUUUUUUAAACAGAAUAUUGCACGUAUUAAAUAAAAAUAAAAAGAAAUUUUCAUGUACAGGAUUGGUUGAUCCGCAGUCAUUAAAAUUAUGUGUAGUUGUCCAAUUGGUUAGAGAGUUCCCCCCGCACCCGGAUCAUCAGCCAUCACCAACAUGUUACCAACGUUCCAGCGGCUAAACGAGCCCAAGAAACAAAUUUUCUUUCGUCUGCCCUUCUCCAGAUUAGCCUUAGCAGCAUUAUGUUUGCCACUUGGAGCCUUUUGUUUCUGUGUUGCGUGGUCGCUGAUGUUUGACUUUGUGCGAUCAACCUUUACACACUGCGAUGUAUCCAACUAUUUACCCUCAGUGUCAGCAGCUAUUGGUAAUUAUGAGCCACAGAAGACGAUUUGGAGAUUGGCCAUUUUCCUGCAUUUACCUCUACGACUGGCAGUGGCCAAAAUGUAUCUCGAAUACUAUAGAGAGCACAUUAAACGUAAUCGCCGUCUGUUCGGAAUUUUGGCCUGCACUUUAAAUGUUAUUGAAGAUUUUGCCCUCUUCUGUCUAUCCCUGUGGACAUCGGCGGACAAUUACGAGAUCCAUCGGAACUCCUUUGUCGUAUUCAUAGCGUGCAGUGAGUGUUAUAUGCUUAUAUCAUAUCUGCUGAAUCGUAAUGCCAGGAAGGUGGUCUUACUCCCACAUGAGGAGAAAUCGCUCCGCUAUAAGCGGAAUCUGUUUCUUAUCAAUGUUCUGGCCUUUGGACUGGCCGGAUAUUGUUUUUUGCGCCACAAUGCCCACUGUGAGGCGGGUGUUUACACGUUCUUUGCCUUUUUCGAAUACAUUGUGGUGCUAACUAAUAUGGGCUUCCAUAUGACAUCGUAUUGGGAUUUUUACGCUCAGCAUGUCGUCUUCGAUGCUAAAAACGGUCUCUAUCUAACGCAUUUUUAGUCAUUUAGCUAAUUAGGCAUAAUUUUCACGUCCGAUUUUAUUAGUUUAUGUAUUUCGCUUUUGCCCACCUCUUGAGUAUUUCCUGUACAUAAUUAAAUAACCAACCAUGUGGUAUUAGCUUAA